AUGACUGGAGUGGGAAGAAAUAGGCUGCUGUUGAUCUGCUAUCUCUUCCUCCUUGCUAUGCUUAUCACUGGUGGUGGUGGUGUUCUAGCUGCUCGUCCGUUCUCGCCUUGGACUCUCGAGACAGAACAUGAGGGCUUAGCAAGACCAGAAGGAGGACCACCUGCCGCGGGGAGCUGGCCAACGGCGGUGAUGGACCGGCGCGGGAGGAGGCGGCGGCUGGUGGGGUCGAGGGCUCCGACGUGCACCUACAACGAGUGCCGGGGUUGCCGGUACAGGUGCAGCGCUCGUGGAGUCCCCGUCGACGCCACCGAUCCGAUGAACAGCGCCUACCACUACAGAUGUUUCUGCCAUGUCUAG